AUGGACGGUGAAUCUCCCGGCUCGCACAAUGCGCUGAUGGAUGUGCUGCACGUUGCUUGUCCUGCCGCCAUCGCAGUGGUGUUCGCGGCGCUGCCCGCGGCCAGACUGCUGUUCACAUCGAGCGGCAAGCGAUUGAGCUACAGCACAACGAGAGCGGCGCGCGCGAGGCUACAGUGGGCGUCUCCAGUCGUGUGCUUAACGUUUAUUGUUGAAGCGGUCUUGUGCGCGGUUCGGACUCCGGUCGAGUCCGGAGAGCCGUCGAGCCAAGGCAGUCUGGUAUACGCUCUGACGUCCAUUCUUGUGUGGGCAACCAUUGGCGUCCUGCUGCUGGAGAGCACGGAGCCAUGUUGGCCUGCCCAUCUGCUCGCCUGGACGGCUGGAGUUGUGGUUGACGCCUCAUUAUUCGGACUCUCGGCAGGAGCCCUAUCGCCAGCUAGUUCCUGGGGCAUUGCGGUCCUGUGCGUUCAUGCGAUUCGCGUCUCCGUCCUGCUUACUGCGACCGCCUAUGGGUGUUGCAGCGUCCGAAGCACCGAAGAGGGCGAGCCAGGGACGCCGGAAGAGGCUCGUGGGCUUUUGAGUGGCAACGGUGCCGUGCAUGACUCCGACUCACGACCCGAGACGACGGCAUAUGGUUCUAUUCGCAACGUCGAGGCCCCCGAAAAUACAGCCGACAAUACCGGCGCACCGGAAGAUGAGGACGAUGAGGACGACCGAGAGAUGAAAGACAAGCAGCAGAAGCGUGUCCAAGAGAGCGGCGGCUGGCUCGGGUACCUGCGAAGCUUCCUCGUCUUCCUCCCCUUCAUCAUCCCAUACCACCAUCGCCCGACGCAACUGUGGCUCGUCGUCUCCGGCCUGUGCAUGCUCGUCGAUCGCGUCCUCACCCUGCUCAUUCCGCGCCAGCUCGGUAUCCUGACGGAGUCGUUGGGUGAGAUGGCAGGCAGUGGGCGCGUUCCAUGGCAGGCGCUCAUUGUCUGGACUGUGCUACAGUUCCCCGUCUCGAGCACGACGGCGACGCUCCAAUCCAUGGCCUCGACGCGCAUUUCGCAGUUUUCGUACCGUCGACUCACUGAGACGGCAUUUGCGCACGUCAUGAGCCUCUCCAUGGACUAUCACACGGGCAAGAGCUCGGGGCGCGUCGCCAAAGCCAUUGAGCAGGGGAGCAACCUGAGCAGCGUUCUCACCAGCGCCUUUGGCAUUGCGCCCAUAGUCAUCGACUUCUUCGUCGCCAUCGUGUAUCUCACAUCGGUGUUCGACGCGACCAUGGGCUUCAUCAUAGUCGCUACGUCCAUGACGCAUACCUACUGCGCAUACAAAGGCAACGCCCUAGUCAUGAAGCGUGAGCGAGGGCUCAACGAAGCGGCUCGCGCCGAGAGCGAGACGCUGUACGACGCCAUCACCAAUUGGCAGACGGUGGCAUACCACAACAGGGCCGCAUUCGAGGUCGGACGCUAUUCGAGGGCGAUACGGAACCAGACCACGGCGCUGCGCAAGUUGCUCGACGGGUUCGAGAUCGUGGGUUUCGGAGAGGGGCUCGUCAUGACGCUCGGUGAGGUGGCGGCCGCUUCGAUAGUUGCAAUGCGCGUCGCCAAAGGGACGACUACUCUGGGCAGCUUUAUCUUCUUCAUCACUUAUUGGGACUCCAUCCGGUCACCCAUAACGUCUCUAUCGUGGUCUGUGAGGGAGGCGGCAUCGCACAUCGUCGACGCGGAGUGGCUGUAUCAGCUCCUCCAGACAAAACCGUCGGUGCGGGACCGGCCGGGGGCCCGACCACUCCGCUGGAAAGGCGGGCGUGUGGAAUUCAAGGACGUCAAUUUCGCGUACGGCCCGGAUCGACCCAUAAUCCAGGACAUGUCAUUCAUCGCGGAGGCGGGCCAGUCCAUUGCGCUGGUCGGUGAGACGGGCGGGGGCAAGUCGACGACGCUCAAGCUGCUGUAUCGUUUCUACGACGUUACUAGCGGGAGCGUCGUCAUCGACGGGCAGGACGUGCGCGACGUGACGCUCGAUAGCCUGCGAGAGAGUCUGGGGGCCGUGCCGCAAGAUCCGUCCGUGUUUGACCAGACCAUUAUGGAGAACGUCAUCUACGCCCGCCCAGGAGCCACCGAGGCCGAUGUCGUCGAGGCGUGCAAGGCGGCGCGUAUCCACCAUCAGAUCAUGAAGUUCCGGGAAGGGUAUAGCACGCGGCUCGGGGAGCGUGGCGUCCGGCUAUCCGGAGGCGAGCUGCAGCGGCUGGCCAUUGCGCGGGUGAUGCUCCGGCGCCCGCAGAUUGUGGUCCUCGACGAGGCGACGAGCUCCGUCGACUCGGCCACCGAGGUGGCGGUGCAGGCGGCCAUCCGCGAGCUGAGCAGGGACCGUACGGUGUUUACGAUAGCCCAUCGCCUCAGCACGAUUGUCAACGCAGACAUGAUUCUCGUGGUGGAUGGGGGGAAGAUCGUUGAGCGCGGGACGCACAGCGAGCUGCUGGAGCGGGGGGGCAAGUAUUCGCGCCUAUGGGCGAUGCAGACGACGGUGGCGGUGCAGGAUAAUCCGACGCGUCCUGUAUCUUGA